AAGGAUCGCAGCUUUUCCAGCCGUACAUAUGGCGGCGUACGCACCCUAGCCAAACGUCCGCCUCCCCAAACGUCCUCACUUUUUACGACGCACCUUUGAACUCCCAACUCGACAUCUUCUCCAACAUGAAGGCUUUACGCUUGAUGCGUCGCAAGUCGUUCGGCGAGGAUCGGGCCAAGCGCGAAGGUCACGAAGCACCGCCCGCGAUGGCCCCUCCCAUGCCCACUCACCAGCAGCGGGACUUUGGCACACCCAGACCUCCAGCGCACUCCAACACCAUGCCAGACAUUCGAUUCAGCGGAUUCGACUUCGACAAUCUCAUACAUGAUGCUACCAAGAGGGCUACGGCCGAUAACAACUUCGCACCGCGCACGGGCGCGUGGAACAAGAGCAGCACGCUUCCUUCUUCUGCUCAUCAAGGAAGCAGGUUGAUGAAGUACUCCCCACCGCCCAACUUGGCUUCUCAGCAGGCAGUUCGGAUGCAUGUGCACGCUCCAGCCCCGCCAUCGCCGACCAGAAUCAAUGACAAUUUCCAGACCGCAGUAUUCCCUCGACCGGCCUUUUCUCCGGCAGCUUCCUUUGCCACGGCUAGAGACUCUCCCUCUUCUUCACCAGAGAUGCGCGCGCAGGCCCAUCUGCAAAGUCAUAGUCCAACGCCGAACGGGCUCGUCGCUGCUCAAGUUCCAGUCGAGCGAUCCCCUGGCAUGCCUGCUGCUGCUCCAUCCUCUCCUUCAAACAGGCGCAGUCUUCGCAAUUCUGUAUCUCAGCCCGCCAUGAAGGGGUCCGCACCCAAGACAAUGGACUCGAUUUUGCCGCCGCCCAUGCCCAAAGGCGCUAGUCCCAAGCAAGCCUUGCCCGCGCAGCACCCACUCGCAUCGAGACGAGAAUCCUCACGAUCUCUGCCUCUUGGAGAUGCUCAACCUCAGCUUGUUCAGUCGGCUUCCAAGCGAAGUCCUCGAGCUGAAGUUGAGCGACCGCGCGCGACAGAAGCCCAAUUGCUGGCAAAGCAGCACUCUUCCAAGAAGCGCGAUAGCUCUAUGCCGGGCAGCACCUCACCCAACGUGAGCUCUCCGCCUACGAUGAAUGCCAAAAGCAAGGACAGGCGAUCUAGUCAGGGUGCAGUCGGACCUACCAAACCGGAUCGCGCGAGCUUGAUCAAGCCCAAGAGUGAUUCAGGCAGGUUGUCGAAGCGCUUCGAAAGGGACGCCAGGGAGCAAGAGUCGUCCGCUCGAGCAGAAGAGGCCAGGAGAAUAGCAGCUGAGCAGCGAAAGGCAGACAAGGAGAAGCUUGAAAGGGAGCAGAUGCAGAGAGAACUCGUGCACCGCUUGGAGAUGGAGCAAGCGCAAAUGGAUGCUGCUGCAGUGCAGGAACGCGGUCGUCUGGCUGCGCUAGCUGCGCGCGAGGAACGUCUGCGCAAGCAAAAUUCGGCCUCCGUCUUGGCCGCACCACCAAAAUCUCCCGCGCGAGGACCACAUCCGCCAAGCGCUUCGGGUCCUAGAGAUGCAACAUUGCGCAGAUCAGCGUCUGCAACGACUACGCAGGACGCUGCUGCUCCCAGACCCAUCGCAAAGCGUGGUGCUACACAGACCGAGAGCGAUGCUCCGCAUGCCCCCAGCGUCUCGUUCCAGCCGCCCGCCGGCGAGCGUCAAAUUCGGGUCGUGGGGGUGAACGGCACCGCCACUUCUCCGCAAGAUGCAAAGCCAAAGAAGAUGAAGCGCACCACUUCACGCUUUAAUAGAGCUGUAGCGAAAGGGUCACGCGGACAGACUGCACCGCUGUCGCCUCGUUCAGAGGGCCACGUCCAAGAAGUCGUCCAGCUGAGCAUGCAAGAGACACAAGCUAGACUUGCUGCAGGUCAGCCUCGAAAAGACAGGCAAACGAUGAGCAAACCAGCCAAGACUUUCGGAGUGGGAUGGAGCUGCGCUGGAACUGCAGAUCCCGCUCUGGCCGUAUCUCACCGCAGAUGCGUGCAGUACGUAGUUCUGCGGCCAAGAGACAGUACGGAUGAGAAUGGUCAGCGAGGUUCGCGAGGUAAAGGCAAGGGCCGGUACCAGACAGAUGCGCACACCCCGCCGAUGAGCAUUGCUGGGUCGGAAGGCAGCUCUACCUCGCCUUUGCAACAGCGAGCAGAGGAAGAAAUUGAAGAAGAGGAAGACGAUGGUCUGGUAGAGACGACGGAAGAGCGGUGGUUCUCUGACCUUGGAGAGCACAUUUGGACGCGAACGACGCCCGAUGUGAUCGCGAGGCUGGUGGACCACUUGGACUUUGCGGACGUGAAAGCUCUGCAUCAGACGUGCUCUUCCAUUCGUCAGACAUUGGGACAGCUAGCUGGGCGAGAAGUCACGCUGCGGCGUUUCCUCGCACCCAUGGGCUAUCGCACAUGGCAGCCUACUCGACGCGAUCAGCCUCCGGUGGAUCCGCUCCCACUCAGCCUGUCCGACUGCGAAGCUUUUUUGCUCAGCCACGAUGUUGCCCCCGAGUAUGCGGCUGUUGCGCAGCAAUACAUUUCUGAUCGUCGAACUCUGGACCCCUCCAUCCCUAGACUCGCUCUUGCGACUGUCAGAGCGUACAAUCGCGUGCUGGCACGUCUUCGACUCCAGCCUCGAUUCAGUAUACCCCGCUCGGCAGCAACGCAGAAACUUUCGCCCGUCCCGGAUUCGAACCAGACUGCCACUUCACCAUCCUCGAGCCCCAACAGCAAUGGCAAUGCGCCCGUCGUGGAGCGUUCCCUUUCCUCUGCGCAAGCUCAGCUCGUAUCGCCUUGGAAGCCAGGAAGAGCUGCUCACUACAGGGUUUGGGUGCCCACUGCCGAUCCUGCCGGCUGGAUGAGCGACUCUGAGCUUGGCCUGUGCGAAGCUCAGAUGUACAGAUCUGGAGUGUGGGACAAGGCCUUGCUGCGCGGCGAUAUUGUCUGGAAUACGGCCGUGGGUGACGAGCUGAAUGCUGGCAAACUCAUCUUUGACGGUCAAUACUUGCGCGACCUGUCCUACGCCUACGACCCUGCUGGUCAUUUACCUUCUUGGUGCAACGUUCUGCUCUUCCCGCCUUCGUACUUUCACAACGUCUUGCGAAGCUCGAGCGGUAGUCCAGUGUGCUACUUGGAUAUCCUGCCUUGGAGAGAUGCGCUCUUGAGCUCUAUGCGCCUUGUGCAAGAUCACAUUGAGACCACGACGCCGCACGGCCGUUAUAGGGUAGCCAAGUGGCUCUAUCGAGCGGCGGUAAAUGUUACUGGAGGACAAAUCAUUUCGGAUGAAGGUCUGCAAGUGGUAGACGAGGGCUGGCACGGCCGACUGGUCAUCGAAACGGAAGGAACCAGCGAACAUGCCAAGGCGCUCAUUGCGAGAUGCGCCGGACCUACGGCUACACCGGCCUCGAGAGCUGCUCUACUCGCUUGCGUCAUCAACGAGGCUGGAAGGACAAAUGCCAAGUUUGAGCCGCCUGCUACACGUGAUGCGCAGGGCGCAAAGGUGGAGACCACUUCUGCGUGGAUGAUACUUCGCGAGCGCUCUCGACCGGGCGAGAUCUGGCUCAGACCGCUGUAGAAGACCGCUCUAGGAUGUAUUGUGAUCGCAUCUUUCUCUUUACGGAACGCGCACUCGUCUGCGGAAAUGCGCUGGCCGUCUGACUGCACAUCCUGGACGGAGACGAAAUUCGCAAGCACCUGGCUCUAAGCCAAUCCGGGCAACCUCCCCAACCCUCGCACCGACCCGGACCCACAC